AUGGUUAAGGAUACUUCAUACUAUGAUAUCUUGGGUAUCUCCCCAGAUGCGUCUCAGACUGACAUCAAAAAGGCAUAUAGAAAGAAGGCAAUGCAAACUCAUCCCGAUAAACAUCCAGAUGAUCCAGGUGCUGCUAAAAAAUUUCAAGAAGUUGGUGAAGCUUACCAAGUGUUACAAGACCCUCAAUUGAGAGACAAAUAUGACAAGUUUGGAAAAGAUGAGGCCGUCCCUGAUGCUGGAUUUGAAGAUGCUGGCGAGUUUUUCACAAAUAUUUUUGGUGGUGAAGCUUUCCAUGAUUGGAUAGGUGAAUUAUCAAUGUUGAAAGAAUUGACUCAAACUGCUGAUGUUCUUGGUGGUGACGAAGAAGCUGCAAAAGCCGCUACAGCUGAAGCCAGCGAAAAGCCAACCGAAAGUUCUUCUGAUCUGUUACAUCAACCAAAUGGAUCACAAACUACACAACAAGGGAAAAGACCUUCCACAAAGAUCAGUAAAGAACAACGUGAAGAAUUACUUCGAUUGGAAAGAGAAAGAAAAGAACAAAAGGCUAAAAGAGUGGAAGAACUAACUGUUAAAUUAGAUUCAAAAUUGAAAAAACUGAUCUCAGCAAGCACAGAUUCUGAUGAAUUAACAAAAUUUAAAGCCCAACUACACAAGGAAAUUGAAGAUUUGAAAAUUGAGUCAUUUGGUAUUCAAUUAUUACAUACAAUUGGGAAAGUUUAUAACCAAAAGGCUUCAGCAUUUUUGAAAUCUCAAAAAACUUUUGGUAUUUCCAAAAUCUUUACAUCUGUUAAACAAAAAGGGUCAACUGCUAAAUCUGCUUGGAAUAUUUUAUCAACUGCCCUUGAUGCUCAAGUUGCAAUGGAGGAAAUGAUUAAAGCCCAAGAAAAGGGUGAAGAAUGGGAUGAAUACAGAAAAGCUGAGUAUGAACGUACAAUGACUGGUAAAUUUUUAGCUACGGCAUGGGUUAGCUCGAAAUUUGAAAUACAAGGUGUUUUAAGAGAAGUUUGUGAUAAAAUAUUGAAUGAUAAAUCAAUUUCAUCAAAAGAAAGAGCUGCAAAGGCUAAUGCUCUAUUGGUUAUUGGUAAUGAGUUUAUAACUGCUGAAAGAUCUGAAGAUGAAGCUGAAGAAGCUAGAGUAUUUGAAGAAUUGAUGGCCGAAGCUACUGCCAAGAAGCAACAUAAGAGAAGAUGA